AUGAUGUUCCUCUCGACUUCUGCGCUGCUUUCUCUGCCUCUACUGGCUCCUCACGUCUUAGCCGGUCAUGCAGGCCAAGUCUCGGGGCCGUCCACGUACCAGAGAGCCCGGUUUCGAUGGUGGUGGCCCGGAGGCUGGAUCGAGCCAGACCAAGUCGCGGCCGAAAUCACCAGCAUUGCGGAUGCCGGCUUCGGUGGCGGCGAGAUCGGCGAUGUCAGAGACAGUGUGAAGGGAGCCAUGGACCCCGCCGUGUACGGCUGGGGCGAGGAGAGGUGGAACGGCGGCGUGUUGACUGCUUAUGAACACGCUGCCAAACUCGGCGUUCAUGUCGACAUGACCUUGGGGCCCCACUGGCCGACCGGCUUUCCGGAAUACACCCCGGAUUCCCAUGAGACGAUGAAGGAACUCGUCCAUGGACAGGCCUUUGUGCAAGCAGGGGACAAAUUUUCGGGGGCCCUACCGCUCCCUGUUGCAGCACCAUCCGGAAACCAAACUGGCAAUCUGGUGCACGCUACCCCGAAACUUGUUGCGCUGUUAGCGGCCAAGACGACGACUGCGAAUGAGAGUGCUGCCGUUGUCGAGUUUGACCCAGAGACCGUGACUGUGAUUACUGAUUUUGUCGAUAAUGGGACUUUGACGUGGACAGCCCCAUCAGACGGAGCGUAUGUUGUGGUUGCGGCUUAUGCUCGUGGCACUGGCCAGAUUCAGAACAUGUACGACGGACAACCCGAUGGACCGAAGGUUUACUCGACCCCUGGAUAUAUCGUCGAUCACUUCACUGAGGCUGGCGUGCAAGCCGGGGUGAAGUACUGGGAGGAGCACAUUCUCACACCAGAGCUCACUGCACUCCUUCGCCAAAGCAAUGGAUCCAUCUUUGAAGACUCGCUCGAGCUCAAGUACAAGCAACUGUGGACCCUCAACCUCACCCAAGAGUUCCAGGCCCGACGAGGAUACGACAUCUCGCCCUUCCUUUUGUACCUACUCAAAGACACAAACACAUUCACCGGACACACCUCCACCGCAAACAAAAUCACCAACGACUUUUACAAAACCAUCACCGACCUCUACGAAGACUACCGCUUGACAGGCGUCACCGCCUGGGCCAACACCCUCAGCCUGAAAUUCCGCGUCCAGCCCUACACACUCAACUUCGACAGCGCCUACAUCGCAAGCCUCCUCGACAUCCCCGAAGGCGAAUCCCUCGGCUUCGACGGCGCGCCCGACUCCUUCCGCGUCCUCGCCACCGGCCGCGACAUCGGCGGCCGCACCACCAUCCUCUCCAACGAAAUCGGCGCCUACUUUGGCAAAGCGUACGGCGUCACCUGGAAAUUCCUCCCCGGCACGGCAAAUCUCGACUCGGCCCUCGGCGUCAGCCAGAACGUCAUCCACGGGUUCCCCUACGAGGAUUCGCCGAGCAGCCUGUGGCCCGGCUUCGCGCCCUUCACGCCCCUAGGUGCUUCGUCGAACGGGUUCGCUGAUGCGUGGGGUCCGAGACAGCCGCAGUGGAUGUUUGCGAAGGCGGCGAGCAGGUAUUUGGCGUUCUCGCAGAAGCUGCUGCAGGAGAGCGGGGCGUCGAUUGACGUUGCGAUUUUGAACCAGGAUUGGGGCGUCACAGCGGCUUGGGAUGAUAGUAAUCUCAACGAUGCGGGUUACUCGUACCAGUAUUCGUCGCCGUAUCUGUUGCAGAAGCAUGGCGUUGCGGUUCAAGAUGGGGUUUUGGCGGCAGAUGGACCGGGAUACCGGGCGCUAAUUAUCAAGAACCAGACCGCGAUGAAUAUUAGCACAGCCGAGCUGGUGCUAUCGUAUGGGAAGGCCGGUCUACCUGUCGGUAACUCGCCAAGGACGACCUUUUCAUAUUACACAGAGCAGAACGCUGCUGACGAGAAGCUGACUUCAAUAUUAUCCGAGGUCCUGAAUCUGUCAACAACACGGAUCGUUUCUGGGCCCGAAGCCGUCCCAGAGGCUCUUUCGGGGUUGGGCGUAUCCUCGUCUGUUGAAUACCCACAAGGCCCGGGAAACAAUAGUGUCAUAACAUACAGACGCACAGUUGGGGACGGCUAUCUCUACUGGAUCUACAACAACGGCGACGAGCAUCUCCAGCUGCCGGUUAGACUUGCAGGGGCCGUGGCACCGUAUGAUAUCAAUCUGCGGACCGGCGAUGUGAAGCCCUUCGCCGCCUUCAAUGCUGAGAACGGCUACGUCUCGUUGAAUGUUACGCUGGCACCCGAGGCGGUGGCUACCAUUUUCAUUGGAUCUUCAAACCCAUUCUCGGUUCAGUCUCUAUCAAACCACCUCACCUCUACUGAUUGUCGGGCCGUUGUCAGCAACGGCAUGGUGCAAAUAUCUUCCAACACGACAUGCAGCGCAACAACAUCGACGAACCAGACCGUUCCACUCAACCCUGCCGAUAUCCCGGAAUCCAUCACGCCUUCCACGUGGACCUUGCGAGUCCAGGAUUGGUCACCGAAAUACCCCAAUGCAACCGGCGUUGGCGUCUACAACACAACCGUCACUUUGGAUGUCGGCAACGGUGCGGAUCUGCGAGUGCUACUUCACAUGCCCGAGGUUGAAGGAUCGUGGGGACUCACGAUCAACGGCCAAGAGGUGGAAGGUGUGGAUUGGUUCGCCAGCGAGCCGGUUGAUGUCACGGACUAUGUGACAUUUGGCGCAGAAAAUGCUAUUGAGAUUACGGUUGCCACGAGCCUUUGGAACAAAUUGAUCAGUGUCUGGCCGGCCGUGUAUGGAUCAGAGGUGCCGGUGGCGAACGGACUGGCAGGAUCUGUAGUCCUGACCAUGGAAAAGACUCUGGUUGUAUCUUAG